GAAUGUAGAAGAGCAAAAUAUUAUUGGCGUAUAUAUAACUGUGUAACUUUUUCAAAGAAUAUCUCAACUCUCUCAGCUACUAGUAGACCCAUCUUUUCCACAAAAUAAAGCACUAUUUCUGCUACUGUAUUCUUUCACUAAAAACUUUCAAGAUCCUGCAUUUUCUUGCACCCUUUGUCCUACAUUUUUUCUGGGUAUUCAAUCAAAUUCCAAGACAACAUUUUCUUGAUGUUAUUGUAGUGCUGAGGAGUUUGAAAAUGGGUAGGAAAAGUUGGGUUUGGUGGGUUGUGACUCUGCUGCUAUGGUGGAGCAAGAUUGCAAUGGGUGAAGAGUACAUCAAGUACAAGGACCCAAAACAACCAGUUGGGGUUAGAGUUAAAGAUCUUCUUGGUCGAAUGACCCUUCAAGAAAAGUUUGGACAGAUGAUUCAGAUUGAUAGGACUGCUGCUACAAUUCAAAUAAUGAAAGACUACUAUAUUGGGAGCGUAUUAAGUGGUGGGGGAAGCACUCCACUUCCGAAAGCUACUGCUGCAGAUUGGGUUAAUAUGGUGAAUGACUACCAAAAUGGUUCUCUGUCAACUCGCCUUGGGAUUCCAAUGAUAUAUGGGAUUGAUGCCGUUCAUGGACACAAUAAUGUUUUCAAUGCCACCAUAUUUCCACAUAACAUUGGGCUUGGAGCUACUAGGGACCCUGAACUCAUUCGAAGGAUUGGUGAUGCUACUGCUCUUGAAGUCAGAGCUACAGGGAUUCCUUAUGUUUUUGCUCCUUGCAUCGCUGUUUGCAGAGAUCCUAGGUGGGGUCGCUGUUACGAAAGUUAUGGUGAAGAUCCCAAGAUUGUUCAAGAAAUGACAGAUAUUAUAAUUGGGUUACAAGGCGAGAUUCCUAAUGGUUCCAGGAAGGGCAUACCUUUUAUUGCUGGAAAGAAAAAGGUAGCUGCUUGUGCAAAGCACUUUGUUGGUGAUGGGGGUACAACUAAGGGUGUUAAUGAGAAUAACACCGUGACUAACAUGCAUGAGUUGCUAAGUAUCCACAUGCCCGCCUACUACGACUCAAUUAUCAAAGGUGUUGCUACGGUUAUGGCUUCCUAUUCUAGCUGGAAUGGCAGAAAGAUGCAUGCAGACCAUGAUCUAAUUACUGGUUUUCUCAAGGGCACACUCAAGUUCAAGGGGUUUGUCAUUUCAGAUUGGCAGGGUAUUGACAGGCUUACCUCUCCACCUCAUGCCAACUACACUUAUUCAGUUGAGACUAGCAUUCUAGCUGGUGUCGACAUGGUUAUGGUCCCAUAUAAUUUCACCGAGUUUAUCAAUGAUCUCACUUACCUCGUCAAGAACAAUUUUAUCCCAACGGAUCGUAUUGAUGAUGCAGUGGAGAGGAUUUUGUCAGUUAAAUUUACAAUGGGACUUUUUGAGAACCCCUACACUGAUUUCAGCCUGAUAAAUGAGGUUGGGAGCCAGGAACACAGGAACUUAGCAAGAGAAGCUGUGCGGAAAUCUCUUGUGCUGCUGAAGAAUGGGAAAACUGCUAAUAACCCAUUGUUACCUCUUCCUAGGAAAGUAUCUAGAAUUUUGGUUGCUGGUAGCCAUGCUGAUAACUUAGGUUAUCAAUGUGGCGGAUGGACUAUUACUUGGCAGGGGUUUAGUGGUAAUGAUGCUACAAGUGGAACUACCAUCCUCGGUGCAAUAAAGUCUGCAGUUGAUCCAGGAACAGAAGUCAUCUAUGUUGAGAAUCCUGACAGCAAGUAUGCUACUUCCAGUGGCUUUGACUAUGCUAUUGUGGCUGUCGGUGAGCACACUUAUGCUGAGAGUGCAGGAGACAGUCCUACUCUCACAAUGGCAGAUCCUGGACCUGAUUUCAUAAACAAUGUUUGCCAAUCCGUGAAGUGUGUUGUCAUCGUCAUAUCUGGUCGACCACUCAUGAUUGAACCAUAUCUACCUUCAAUUGAUGCACUUGUAGCAGCCUGGUUACCUGGAACUGAAGGGCAAGGCAUCACUGAUCUUCUCUUUGGGGACUACGGAUUUACUGGAAAACUUCCAAGAACAUGGUUCAGAACUGUAGAUCAACUUCCAAUGAACGUUGGUGACCCUCACUAUGAUCCAUUGUUUCCCUUUGGAUUUGGACUCACAACAUCUAAGUCAACAAUAGCAAGGUCUGUGUCGGCAGGUGCUGCUGGAAGACCAUAUGUUGGGAUUAUGGUUUCUUUAGUCAUUGGUUUGUAUAUCCAAAGCAUUCUAUUAACUUGAAACAACAAAUUGUUAGAAAUUGGAGGAUUAGAAAGACUAAAAUUUAUGUAGCAACUCUGAUGCAGUAGAAAAACUUUAAACAUUUCCCUGUCUUAACUCUUAAACAUGCAGAAUUAUAUGUCCAUGAAAAGGAGAAGAAUAGCUAAGUUAUGACUAAA